GUUAUCCAAGGCAGCCAAGUUUCCGGAAGAGCAACUGGUUCGAGAUUAAUGGACAAGGAAGAGAUAUUUGUUUAGGUUUAGUCUGGAGAACACACAUACUUGUUUUUCGUCAAAUAGUCUGGCUCUUUUUAAAUCGCUAGCAUGCCUUUGUUUGCCCAGAACCCAUUUGACCAAGAUGUUGAGAAGGCAACCAGUGAAAACAACACAACAGAUGACUGGGGACUCAUUAUGGACAUCUGCGAUAAGAUUGGAACGACCACCAAUGGACCAAAGGAAAGCUUGAGAUCCAUUAUGAAGAGAGUCAACCACAAAGUGCCUCAUGUUGCCAUGCAGGCCCUCAAUUUGCUUGGUGCUUGUGUGUCAAACUGCGGCAAAAUAUUCCACUUGGAAAUCUGCUCAAGGGAGUUUGCCAGUGAUGUACGGAGUGUGCUGAGCAGGGCCCAUCCUAAGGUGUGUGAAAAGCUAAAGGCUCUGAUGAUGGAGUGGGCAGAAGACUUCCAGAAGGAUCCACAACUCAGCCUGAUCGGUGCCACCAUCAAGUCUCUGAAAGAUGAGGGCAUCAGCUUCCCCUCUGCAUCCUCACCGGGGUCCACCACGAAGGUCAGCACACCUGCUGCGGGCAAGUCAUCGGAUGAUGACAACCUGGCCAAAGCCAUCGAGCUAUCCUUGCAGGAGCAGAAGCAGCAGGCGGAGACAUGGCCCCUGACCGUGACCUCUGAACCCCCAAACUACACCAACGGCAGCGGGGGGCAAGAGGCCCGGAAGGUGCGUGCGCUGUACGACUUCGAAGCGGCUGAAGAUAAUGAGCUGACCUUCAAAACUGGAGAACUUAUUCUGGUUUUGGAUGACAGCGAUCCAAACUGGUGGAAAGGAGAGAACCACAGAGGAGUGGGGCUUUUCCCCUCCAACUUUGUCACAACCAAUCUGAAUGCUGAGCCAGAGCCAGUGGCCUAUGUUGAAAAGACAACCAGUCCUGAAGAGACACCUCUGGAAACCAAAGUUGAGCCUGAGCCUGUCUUCAUUGACGAGGGGAAGAUGGACAGAACACUGGCACUGCUGCAGAAUGCAGAUCCUGCAGAUCCGGCUCCUGACUCCCCAGAGCUGAUCCAGCUGGAGGGUGCAUGUGAACAGAUGAACCCAAUGAUUGAUGAGAAGCUACAGGAGAUUGACAGGAAACACUCGGAGUUGUCAGAGUUGAAUGUGAAAGUUCUGGAGGCCCUGGAGCUUUACAACAAGCUCAUGAACGAGGCUCCGUUCUACUCGGCUUACUCCAAGAUGCAGGCGCAGUAUGCACCAACGGGCUCAGCUGUAGCCAUGCAGGGCUACCUCGGCCCAGCCGGCGCUCCCUACCUGCCUCCAGCGAUGCCGCAGGGUCCUCCUGCGCAGCCCUACGCCCUGCCCACCGACCAGCCCGGACCACUGCACUCCCUGCCCCCCAACAUCUCAGCCCCACCCAACAGCCAAGCUGCUCAGCCUCCCUACAUGUGCAGUGGUAUGAAUACUCAGUACAUGAACCAAGCUGCUGGAGCGCCUUACCCACCCCAGGCGGGCGUGGCCAUGGACAUGUCAACCUAUCACAACUCUAGCAUGCCUCCUGUGUCCUAUCCUGUGGCUGCUCCCCCUCACCAGGCUCCUCAUCAGCAGCAGGCAGCAUAUUAUCAGCAGCCUCUGUUGUAAAACUCCAACUGACAGCAGACCUGAGAUGAAUACAUACUCCAGAUAUUUCAGUUUCCAGUGGUGUGUUCAUUUGGCUUACCUUGUGUGAGUGUUUGUGUGUGGUAAUUGCUUUGGGAACAUUCCUUUAGCCAUUUUUUGUGCCUGAGGAGAAGCUGAAUUGAACACAGCCCACAAAAGUUGAAAUGACUCCGGUGUGUAUCUAACGCAGGUCUGUUGCUCAUCUGAGUUAGGACUCUCUCUGUGUGCAUGUCCUCGGCGACUGUAUGUGAGGCUAACAUGGCGUCAGGAGUUUACUUCUGUCCUUCACUUCUUUUUCUUGGCUGACAGUGAAUGCGGUGCUGGUCUUCACAAAUGUCACAGGUCAACACAGAAGAAGAGUUGGGUUUGCUCACCAUUACAGGUCCAUGUAAUGAGCAGUCAUUACCUAAUUCUGAAGAAAUUAGCAUUUUACAAUUUACAGUUCAACGCAAAGCUACCCCACACAAUGCUAAUUCUGAAUCGACCCCCUUUAAAGAAUUCACGCAACUUGUCCGUUACCAUAUCUUUUGAGGUGGUAACAGCGGCUCAGGCCCUGUCCACACUAAUGUAGAUACAUGUGUUUAAAAAAAAAAAAAAGCUUAUUUUUCUCUCCAUUGUGGCCAUCUAUUCACACUACCUGGUCUCCACCGGCCAUGUAGCUAAAGCAACAUGUCAGCAGCACAACAGCCGCAGUCCCGUCAGUGUCUACACUGGAUACCUUCAGCCACAGUACUGUUGUACACUAAAAGUGUUUCGACAGCCCAUAUAGCCUAAUGCAAGAUCAGUGUAAUUACAUGUGCACGUCGGAAUACAAUGGACUCAAAUAGCAGCUCUGCAUGUAAAACGCCAGUGAAUCGUGAGCCUUUGCACGGCUUGUUCAGACAGCUGUAUUGAUCAAAACCGAAGCAUAUCUGUUCUGUCAGAUGCUUGUGAAACAGAUGACUGAAAAACACGGCUGAAACGUGUCCACUAUAGACAGCCUGCAAGAAAUACAAAAACGCAACUUUUCGAAAGCGUUCUCCAGGGUAAAUAAAAUUGAAAACACAAGUCUCACGUUGGAGUUCGGACAGGGAAAACUGAGCUGUUCCAAAAUGCUCAUGAAUGGCCAUCAGUCUUUGCAGACAUGCACGAGAUGCUAGUGUGGAUUGAACCCCAUUUGACACCUAAAUUACAUUUUUAAUUUUAUCUGCACUAAUGGGAUCAUGGCCAAAAUGAUUUGUUUUUCUUUUAGUUUUUAAUCUUGUUUUUAAGUCUGUAGGUGAAUUCAUCUGAUAGAAACACUCUGGAUUGGUGUGAGAGCUCAUGUUUCUGCAAAGCCAGCAUUUAUGCACUUGUGGAACAAGGUGUAGGUGCUUGCUUGAGGACAAAGUGUGCAGUUAUUUAAAAGGCAAGAGCUCCAUUUUCUUUUCUUCUUCCUCACCAGCAUCCGUCACUGUAGUUGAUCUAUGUUUUGAACAGAAUUUCUGAUGUGCAAACUACAUUUUCAGCUAUCAGAUAUAUAUGUUAACAGUUAUGUUAUGUUCUAGUUUGUGUAAAUUACUUUCCCACAAUCCCACUGCCUUGUAAUGCAUUCUGUGGUUGCAUUUGAGAUAUUUAAGACAUUUUGUGUGUAUGUGUGCACAUACGUAUGUAUGCGUUUGAGGGCUUACCCAUAAUAGGUUCUUCAUCAUUGUAAACUGACAUUGAUUUUCUCAAGGAUCAUCAGAUUUUAGGGUGAGAAAUAGUUAGUUGGAUCUCUUUGUGUGUUUAUUAAUCUGAUGAAAUGCUGCACCCUCCUCAUGAAUAUUACUUCAGUACCUUCCUGCCUCUCAUCUUCAUGUGUGGGGUCUCUUCCAUUUAGCAGAAUCUGUUAGGAGUCCAUGUUUUAUGCAAAUGCACGAUACUGAUUUUCAUGUCUAUAUACUUAAAUUUCAAAAUUGUCAAUGACAUUGCCUGUACUUUGAUUUAUAUAUAUAUAUAUAUUGAGACAUUAUACAUGUGUAAUUUACAUGGUUGGUGAAUGUGUAAUUAUUAUCCUUACUUUGCUUCUGCUUUUACUUUCAUUGUCCAGGCAAAAUGUAAAUGUAACACAAUUUUCAGAACUCAAGUUCAGAACUCUUUAGUUGCCGUUAAUAUGAAGAAAGAGAAGGGAGACAUGUUUUUAACCUACUCAAUUUUGGGGGUUAAAAUUAAGGAGCAGCUUUCAUAGACUCUACAGUCCUGUUGCAGUAGCUCCAUAGUUAUAAUUUUAGUCAGAACUGUCCUUUAUACGGCUCAUAUUAAAGGCAUUGUAUAUUAGAUGUAAAAUACCUGUUUUUUUCAGUGACAUUGACAUUGCACCUUAGCUUUGUAAACAUUUAUUUACCACUGGAUGCCUUGUUUUUCUGUAGAAAUCAAAGAAUGACACGGACACAACUUUGGCGAGUAACUUCAGCCUCAGAAUCUGCUGGAUAUGUGUAAUUCUGUAUAUUUAAACUAUUCCAGGAAAAGUUCCUUUAUCCCGGAUUUUAAAACUGCUUUUGUAACAGAGCAAACUUAUAAUAUUCUUUGAAAUAAAAAGAAAAUUACCUGUA